AUGAGAUGUGACUUUUGUGGAGGCGAUUAUCCAAAUGGUCAUUGUUCUUAUCAGAGUAGCUCGCAAGGAGAAGUUCAAUAUGUGAGUAACCAAGGAAGACCAGGAAAUUUCUCCAACAAUAAUAACUUUUCACAGGGGUGGAGAAACAAUCCAAAUCAGAAUUUUGGGUGGAAGCAAGAUGUUGGUCCUUCAAACAGACAACCUCCUUAUCAACAGCAGCAACAACAUUAUCCUUCGGUGCAUGACAGAACAACUAAACUGGAGGAUACUCUAGAAAAGUUUAUGCAAGCUUCUUUGACCAAUCAGAAAAAUACAGAAGCUUCAAUCAAGAAUCUUGAAACCAAGGUUGGACAAUUGGCGAAACAAUUAUCAGAUCAGCAGGCAGGUCAAUUUUCAGCCAACACACAGACUAAUCCCAAGGAGCAUUGUAAAUCUAUUACCACUAGAAGUGGUAAAGUUGUGGGAAGAGGGAUUGGAUACAACCUGGCUGUAGAGGAAGAGAUGCCGACAUAUGCAAAAUUCAUGAAAGAGCUCCUAACAAAAAAGAGAAGAUUCUCUGAAGAGACAGUAGAGCUUGAAGCAGGGUGCAGUGCUAUAAUUCAGAAAUCAUUACCUCAGAAAUCCAAAGACCUUGGGAGCUUCACAAUUCCAGUUACAAUAAGAACAUUACCAGUGGGAAAAACAAUGUUUGAUUUGGGUGCUAGUAUAAAUUUGAUGCCUUUGUCUAUGCUACGAAGAAUAGGAGAUCUGGAAGUAAGGCCUACACGGAUGGCAUUACAACUAGUUGAUAGAUCCAUGAAGUAUCCCUAUGGUGUGGCAGAGGAUGUCUUGGUUAAGGUUGACAAAUUCAUGUUCCCAGUUGAUUUUGUGGUAAUGGAUAUUGAGGAAGACACUGAAGUUCCUUUAAUACUGGGAAGACCUUUCAUGAAGACGGCCAAGGUCAUUAUUGACGUUGAUGAUGGCAAAUUGAAGGUUAGGGUGCAAGAUGAUGAAGUCAACUUUAAUGUCUUUGAAGCAAUGCAGGACCCAAAGGACAAGCAACAAUGCUUCAAGAUGGAUGUGAUAGAUGAAAUUUUUCUGUCAUCCAGGAAGCAAUUGACAAAGGCAAGCCCAUUAGAAAAAGCUUUGAUUGGUGCUUGUGAUGAUCUGGAGGAUGAUGAAGAAAAGAAAGUUGAUGAAUACCUAACACAUAUGAAUUCAGCAAAAGAAAUUGCAUCAAAUGAUAUACAACUUGACAAAUUGCAACAAGAAAAUAGAACUGAAAGUCAGAAGCUAGAGCUAAAGGUAUUACCUCCUCAUUUAAAAUAUGUUUUUCUUGCAGAUGGAGGUAACAAACCAGUGGUGAUCAGUAGUGCUUUAACGGCUUCUGAAGAGGAAAAGUUGAUUUUAGUUCUUAAAGCCAAUAAGGGUGCAAUAGGUUAG